UUUUAUUGCUCACUGCGCAAUGUGCGCAUGCGCGGAUGUGCGGAAGUGCUCGCAGACCGAUAUCCAGCUGAUAGAUCAACAGCCGAACAGCCACCACCAAAACAGCCGCGACUGGCAACAACAGCAUCAUAGUCUGACAGCUGUCCUCACAACUUAAGAAGUCUCCAGCACUUAAAAAAAGCCAACAACAACUUGUCGACUGUUUUAAAUUGCUGCUUUUAAAGACGGUGUCGGGGAGGACGGCCACCCUUCCUACAUCAUGAGCUCUCGCAGGGUCAAUGGAAGCCUACCGCAGACCAAGAUCUGCCAGUUCAAAUUGGUGCUGCUGGGAGACAUGGCCGUAGGCAAGUCCAGCCUGGUGCUGCGCUUUGUUAAGGGCCAGUUUGAUGAGUUUCAGGAGACCACCAUUGGAGCUGCGUUCUUGGCACAGUCUGUUUGUCUGGAUGACACUACAGUGAAGUUUGAGAUUUGGGACACGGCUGGACAAGAGCGCUACCACAGCUUGGCCCCUAUGUACUACCGCGGAGCCCAGGCAGCUAUUGUAGUUUUUGACAUCACCAAGCCUGAAACAUUCGAGCGAGCAAAGGCUUGGGUGAAAGAGCUGCAGCGGCAGGCCAGUCCCAACAUUGUCAUUGCUCUCGCAGGAAACAAGGCUGACCUAGCAGAAAAGAGACUCGUGGAGUAUGAGGAAGCCCAGACAUAUGCAGAAGACACAGGCUUGCUUUUCAUGGAAACAUCUGCCAAGACUGCAAUGAAUGUAAACGAGUUGUUCCUGGCCAUUGCAAAAAAGAUGCCAAAAACAGACACCCAAAACCCUACGCAUGCUGCUCGACACAGGGGGGUAAACCUUCAGGACCCAGAUGCACAGUCCACUCGAAGCUGCUGUGGGAACUAAAUGCUUGUCAACACUCCACCACGGGAGACCACCGUCACCUUCUCCUUCCCAAAAUCCCACCCUUUACCCUUUGACCUCCUAAGACGGAUACAGAAAGAAAUAGAAGGAUAGAGGAAUAACAGAAAGAGAUUGAGGGAAAAUCCCUCAGUGAUGCCUUACAGAGAUUUUUCAAGGAAGGCUUCUGAUGGACAGGGCAGAGAGCGAACGGACGAUGGACACUGUCAUAUCUGGCAGUAAAUACGGAUUCUGUAUUAUUUCAACAAUAAUUUCAUUCUCUGUUCAUUUUUAUUAUGCAAGCACCAGGGUUUCACCCAAAGAGAAAAGAGAUUGACAAAGAGAUACAGGAAUGCAGAAGAAUCACGAUGAAUAGAAUAACUAUUUAAUCGACGAAUCCCAUUCUCAGUCCUAGAAUGAACCGAGAUGGUCCAUUAAGCCCCAUUAAAAUAGCUGGAAGUUUUCAAGCAAAAUCUACAC